UACUUUGCCAACGAAUCAAAUGGAUGGUGUCAGAAAUGGGAUGGUUACCAACUGCCCUUAAAAGCACACAAGUAAACGRCAAGAAUUAACAUCACAAGACAUUGAAGUCGGUAGAAGCGUGUCAUCUUAUCGUACAACCAAUUACACAACGUCUUAUUGAGUGAAAGGAAUCGGUGAACAAAUAUAACCUUAAGCAUYGAGAAAAAAGUUAAAGCUGAGCAAGUACUGAGUCAACAACAAAACGAAUCACGUCAAGUAGCAAGUCGAUGCUCUUCUGGGGUCAACAGCGGAGAUUAAACUGCACAGUUUGGUAACUAAUGUUUCAAGAUUAACAAACGGUAUUAGAACAGUGUAUGCUAUACAUAAAAUACAGUUGAGUACUGAAGAAUUAACACUGUUUACGCUCUCAUAACACGCAAGACCUUUCUUGGAAAUAAGAAAGGAAAGUUUAAGGUGGAUUAUUAUCAAACAAGAUAUACAAUUCAUACGUAAAAGUGGAUAUUAUUUGCAAGACUUUAAACAGAAAAGGUUAAUAAUUCAUCAAAAACAUCAAAUCAAGGUCAAGAAGCUUAUAAACCGAUAAGAUGUCUUCAUAUCUUCCUUCUAAGAACCAGAGUCAUUUUAUGUCCCUAAGGACAAGGAGUCAGGGGAUUAUAAUGACCGAAACGUUAGUCUAUUGCCUUUUAAUAUCAAUGGCCUUGAUAGGAAAUUCCCUGGUCCUUUGGAUUGUAUACAAGAAUAGGUCCCUAAGGACCAUUCCCAACUAUUUUGUCAUAUCAUUAGCAUGUACCGACAUAGGUAUGGCYCUGUUUGGUACACCUUGGACCAUAGGGGUCCUUGCUACAGGAAAAUGGCCCUUUAGUUUUGCGGCAUGUCAGUUCCAGGGUUUUAUUGUGAUCUGGCUGGCGGUUUCUUCACUACAGAAUCUAAAUAUAAUGGCCAUUAAUCGRUACUGUCGUAUUGUCAAGCCUAAUGUAUAUAGGCGUAUAUUUACUCCUACGAGAACAAGACUAURUAUACUUGGUGCAUAUUGCAUCGCCGCGGYGUCACCCAUGCCGUAUAUUAUCGGAGGGAAUGUCUUUACGUUUCAACCUGGCAAAGCGUUUUGCUAUCAAGAAAACAUGGCGGCUUAUACGCUUCAGUUAAUGCUAAUAGCAAUCGGAGUUCCUACUUGUAUAAUCAUUCUGUGCUAUUUCCAAGUAUUUGUAGCUCUUAGAAAACACCAGAGAAAUUUACUGAAGUCGAAAAUGCGGUCAAAUACUCAGCGAAUCACAGUCGAGGAUAUUCGAAUUACCAAGACRUUGUUCGCRACUGUUGUGGGGUUCCUGUUGUGUUGGAUGCCUGUWCUYGUCAUUGAAUUAGUUGACCUUGGCAUUGACGAUUCUGUAAUACCAAGACAGGUUCAUUUAAUGUUUUUAAUGUGUGGGCUGUCGUCAUCGGUCAUUAAYCCCGUGAUUUAUGGAGUUAUGAAUAAAACAUUUCGYAGGGAAUAUAAAAAAGCCUUUACAUGCGGUAGGAUGUCCGAGGUACAYCCAUGUGCCCAGUCUACCACAGACAGAUCAAGAACAGGGCGUGCUCUACCAAGAGAAAUGGAAACUUUGUAUUAAUGAACCCCAUUCACACGGGAUUCCUGUGYUCUCAGAAGGCCUGGUUUMCAAUGUGCCAUGUUAAUCACUGUUACCRUACUUCGGCUCCAACGAAUUUCUUAAAACUUUGCCAAAAUAUUGUCCUAAYCCUAUCUAAAUGGAUCCUAAAAGUUUCAUUAAAGUAAACUCGCCAAUUCGAAUUUCUGUGAAAAACAGUGCAUAUGUUGACUAUUUCAGUUACAUAAAAUGCAAUCGUGAUAUGCAAAGUAUAGGUAAAAGACAGUUUCAGAUAUUUGUCGAGUAAUUAGUUGACAGUAGCCAAUGUUGUGACUCAUUUAAAUAGUGCAUUAUUGCGUCACUUUAAUUCUUGGCUUUCACUGAUCACGUGAUAGUCUAAAAAAGCUAUUUAGAGGCAGAAUUAGCAAACUUUUAUUAAUGUUCUCGAGAGAACAUCUUAAUUCAAGGAUCAUGACGAAAUUUAGAGCCGAAAUAAUGAAUUUAAACAGAAAUA